AUGUUCGGCCUUCGCGCAUACUCGACGCCCAUCCUGAGGCCUAUGUGGCCAUUCCUCGCUGCCGGUGGCAUCGUCUUCUACGGCGUCAAUGUUCUCCAGGACAAGCUCGUGAGCACCCCUGAGGCCAAGCAGGACCCUAAAAAUCCCUAUGCUCUCAAAGGAGGCGCCGCCCACUAG